AUGAAGCUGUGGGGUGUCUGGAAUAUCCCAGCCUGCAUUCUCCUAAGCCUCUUCUUACAGGUUUUCUUAGUACUGUUUGCAUCCUUGAGACAACGCAGUAGAAAUUCUUUCCUGCGCUUCCUCAUCUGUUUGGCUUACUUGAGCGCCGAUUGGGUUGCGGCAGUUACUAUCGGACUGAUCACCAAAUUCCUGACCGACCCUUGUCACUCUCGUGGGAAGGAAGAUCUUUACACUUUCUGGGUUUCUUUUCUUUUGUUGCAUCUUGGUGGCCCUGAUAGCAUUACUUCUUUUGCUAUUGAGGAUAACGAACUUUGGCGGAGGCACUUCUUUGGACUAAUUCUACGGGUGGUGGGUGCUGCUUACUACUUCUUUCUAAUACUUGCCAAUAGCAAGCUAUGGCUUCCAACAAUUCUAGUCUUUGUUGUGGGAACCGUCAAAUAUGCAGAGAGAACUUUGGCUCUGUACCUUGCCAGUACAGAUCAUUUUGGAGCUAUUGCUUUGCCAAAAAAAAGCAGAGCUGGAGAAGUUGUGAAUAACAAUCCAAACACAGAAUCAGUAGUUGAUGAUGACAUGGAGUUGCUGAUGAUCUCUUAUGACCUUUUUGGAAAAUUCAAGGGGCUUAUUGCUGGAUACUCUCUUGCCUUCGAACAGAUAGUGAAAAGCAUAGAAUAUUUUCAACGGAUGCCUUAUUUAGAAAUGGGCUUUAAAUUGAUCGAGAACGAGCUGAGCUUCUUGUACGAGGUUUUCCACACCAAGGUUUGUGUUGUCGGUAGCAGAAUUGGGUUAAUAAUUCGUUUGAGUAGCUUUUGUUUCAUUGUUGGAGCUUUUAUAGGCUUCCAUUUUGUAAUAGUUGACAAUUAUAAGAAUCAUGAGUUUGGUGCAUUUGAAAUGUCAGUGACUUAUGCCUUGCUCAUUGGAGCCGUGGGACUCGACAUCAUAUCUGGAAUUAGACUUAUAUUUUCAGAUUGGAUCGUGGCUUCCAAUUAUUAUGGCUUCAAGAGGUACUGGAGAGAAUAUAUCCCAAGAUGUUUUCGAAAAAGAUCAAAAUGGUGUGGUUCAGUACCUCGGUAUAAUAUAAUUGAUUAUUUCCUGGAUGAAAGUUGGAUAUUGAACACCAAGUUGCCCGGCUGGCUUAGGAGGGUGGUAGACAAUAUCAAAGGGAUGUUGUUUUCAUCGUCAGAGGAUGCAAAUGAGCAUCUCAAGCGCUUCAUAUUUGAUGAGCUCAAAGCUGCAUCUUUUCAAACACAUGGAACAGAUGAGGAUAGGCGCAAUUAUCUUAGUUCUGAACAGGAAUCAGCAGUGGUGAAAGCGAGAGAUCAUGUAAACUAUACAUUACAAUUUACAUUCGAUGUUGUUAGCUUGCACUUAGCUACUGAAAUUUGUUACCAACUGACAGAGUUUGAAUACGCAGACGAAAGAAAAGAAAGCAAUAAUUGCAAGGUGAUUUCUGAUUAUAUGUGUUAUCUACUCAUCAUGAAGCCUGCAAUGCUUGCUCCAGUAGCUAUGAAAGACUGA